UGCCGAGCCGAUGCCAGCAGCUGCAGGGCGCCGAGCGAGUCUGCGCGGGCGAGUUCGAGCGAGCGGUUCGAGCGAGAGCGCGCCGCACGCCCGCACCGCCGCGGAUGGACGAUGCUCCGCCGAGCUCUGCCUCUGCUGCGUGUGAGUCGGAGCGCUCUGCACCUUGAUCCUGCCCUGCAGCUGGCCUGACGUCGCAGACAGCAUUGAGCGAGCUCUCAUGCUGUACGGCGUCUAUGUGCUCGAGGCUGAAGGUGGCCCUCGCGCGCAGGCGCCGAGGUUCUGAGACGACGCUCCUGGCGGGCGCGCCGGAGCAUGCUCGGUGGUGCGGCGCUUGCUCGGCGCGUGCCGCCGUCUCGCCGCUGCCGUCAGCACUAGUCAGAGUUGCAGCUUCCUCGCUGCUCUUGCAAAGCGUGCAGUCCCGACGCAUCGGCACCCAGACCGAGCGCCGUCAGCCAGUGUCAUGGUCCGCCAGUACGCAGCUCCACCACGCGAUUCUGGGCGAGGAAGCAGGGCACUGCAUAGUCUUAGUGGCGAAGGGCAGAGAGAAGCCCGCAGCCACGUCGCGCGUCCCGCUCUGCAGCGGGGCCGGCAUCGGGACCCCGCUCUUGCUCGCGCGAGCAGACCCACUCACCCACCCGCACAUGCCGCAAGUCGCCGUCGUCCCACCACAGGCCGCAGCGCGCAGCACGAGGGCUCGCUGCUUGCGCUGCUCGACCCGGCCGCGUGCUCGCCUCGAGAGUCGCCGACAGCUCGCUGCCGCUCCCGCGCCUCAGUCGCACCUGCCCAUGGCUCGUCUCGAGUGCGACAGACAGUCAGUGAGAUGGUGCAAGAGUGACGAUUAGAUGACGUUGUGUGUGGUGACAGUCUAGCUAGUAUACAG